UGAGUUGUCUCGUUGUCCAGUGAAGCAGUCCCAAAAAAUAAACUAUAAAAGUGUUUUAUUAAAUCAAAAUUCCACAUGUUUACUCCGAGUGCGUAAUCCAAGUGCAUCAACAUUAUUUCGUCGCCACUUGGGACGUCACCUUUUAUCUAGGAAUUCGCAAAAGCAAAACACAGAAAGCCCAUUUAAAUAAAAUCUUAAAAUCUUGUUAACUCAUCGUUUGGCCGAGGGAGGAAGUUGUUAUGGCAAUUGAAACAAAUCUAACGAGCAUAAGACCCUGCAAAUAACAUAAUAGUCUCCAAAUUGAAUUGCUCCUCAAGUAAGAAAAGAGAAAAGAAAUAAGAAAGAUCAGCUCCAAGUACAAGAAAUUGAAGCGCGUAACGAGUAGACUUUUUAUCACUCGAAGCGAGAUAUGGGUCACUAGUAGUGCACCUUCAAGACGGGGAAGAACUGCUCAAGAUCCGCGAGUGAAACGGUUUCGAGAUUAAGGAAAUUUUCACGAAAACUUUCAAUUAGCUUUAAAGGAUUUAGAUUUCGGUUUUUUGGUAUUUGUCGGUUUCACUGUGGGUAGUGACAACAUGGGACCAAAAACUCGACCGUCCUCGCUUGGACCAUCUCUUGACAGUAAAGUGAAAUCAAACCUUCCGAGGAAAAGUAAAAUUGAAGAAGAUUUCGAACCGUCUUACGAACCGGAUCAAAAUCGUGGAAAAUGGAGUGUUAAAGCAGAGUUCAUCCUUUCUUGCUUGGGUUACGCUAUUGGGAUUGGGAAUGUUUGGCGUUUUCCAUAUUUGUGCUAUCGAAGUGGAGGAGGGGCAUUUCUCAUUCCAUACCUCCUUAUGCUUGUGUUUUGUGGUAUCCCUUUGUUCUACAUGGAGAUACUUCUCGGACAAUUUUCGAGUAGCGGAUGCAUUACAUUGUUUCGAAUAUGUCCAUUAUUCAAAGGGACCGGAUUUGCAAUUGUCAUUGUCAACAUCAUCUGCACAGUAUACUAUGCGGUAAUUCUAAGUUAUCCUCUGAUAUACGUAUAUAGAUCGUUCUCCCUGAAAUUACCGUGGACGGAUUGCAAUAAUGCAUGGAAUACUCCAAAUUGUACACGUGUUGAAGAUGUAAAUGCCGUUUGGAAUGCAACGAGCGUAUUUUACUGGGAAGGUAAAGUUUCUGGUGUCAGUACCCCGGCCGACGAGUUUUUCCAUCUUGAAGUUUUAAAGAUAUCUAGUGGAAUUCAUGAAGUGGGCGGAAUCGUCUGGCCUUUGUUUAUAUGCCUAGUCAUAGCGUGGAUAACUGUAUUUCUAUGUAUCCUUAAGGGUGUUAAGUCGGUUGGAAAAGUCGUUUAUUUCUCGGCUACAUUCCCUUUUGUAGUUUUAGCGAUUUUAUUUUUUCGUGGAGUAACGUUGCCUGGCGCCGGGUUGGGCAUAUCCUUUUAUAUGUACCCAGAGUGGAAAAAAUUAACUGAUCUGAAAAUAUGGGCUGACGCCGCAAUGCAGAUAUUUUACUCAUUGGGUCCUGGCUGGGGUGGAAUUGUGAAUAUGGCCAGCUAUAAUGAUUUCCGAAACAACGCUAAAUGGGAUGCCAUUGUCAUCCCCAUUGUAAAUUGCUUCACAAGCAUUUUUGCAGGUUUUGUGGUAUUUUCAGUGCUGGGCUAUUUGUCAAUAAAGACUGGAAUACCGGUGGCUAGUGUGGCCACUUCCGGGCCUGGAUUGGCGUAUAUAACAUAUCCAGAAGCAAUUGCCAUGCUCCGAUAUCCACACUUUUGGUCCAUCAUAUUCUUCCUGAUGCUUUUCUUCCUAGGAUUGGAUAGCGCUUUUGUUCAAAUUGAAGCUGUUAUCACGUCAAUAAUUGAUGAAUAUAAAUUCUUGCGGAAAUGGAGGGUAGCAGUCACAGCUGGGAUAUGCUUCGUUAUGUUCUUGUUGUCUAUCUCCAUGGUGACAAAUGGCGGGAUGUACAUUCUUCAAUUACUUGACUGGUACUCGGCAUCAGCGGCCGUCAUCUUAUUCUGCAUGAUUGAAGUCCUAAUUGUUGGUCGAAUUUAUGGCGUUAAGCGGUUUAAAAACGACAUUUACUUUAUGACGGGUCAUAGACUUGGUAAAGUGUGGCUUUUCUCCUGGAAAUGCACAACUCCAAUUAUUUUGAUACUAAUUUUCUUUACAUCCGUCGUAUUUAACCGGAGAAUAACCUUCAACAACACUGAGUAUCCCGACUGGGCUGUGGCAAUUGGUUGGGGUAGCUGCCUCUCAUCAAUUAUUUGCAUACCAAUCUAUAUGAUAUACAUAUUGAGUAAAAAGAAAGGGAGUUUGAUCGAAAGAAUCCGGGAAGCGUGUUAUCCAAGGGAGUGGUACCCUGCCAUGCCGCAUCACCGGAAGGAGUACUUGCGUCUUCGAAAAAUUUUCGAAACUGGCGCUGAAGUGUUUGGGCUAGAUGCUACGAGCUAAUAAAGAUUUAAGUAUAUGUACGGAGUAAAUAUACUAUAUAUGGAUGCAGUUGGGUGAACUUAGAUAAUGUGUAGUACUGUAAUUUAACAGUUGGAGAAGACGAUAACACAAGGCGGAAAAAUAAAGUCCAAAGACC